CCAACCUCUGAUCAAGGGAAAGUUAAAAAAAGAAAAAUUUCUCAGAAUACACUUGUUCAUGAGACAUUAGGAAUACAAAUAUUACUACAGAUCUAAGAUCAGCUUCAGACUUCAUCUCUUACCAUACCAAGAACAGAGACGUUCAGGUCUCCUUGUUGACGAUUCCAAGAUGUCGGCACUUUUGAUGUACCUGAAGCAGCCGAGCUGCAUCUACUGUGCAUAUCUAUGGUUGGCAACCCUAGCUGUGGUGAAUGCACAGGAAGUGUUACAACCCAAACCUGAUGAGGUUCAGAUUUUAAAUGAAGACACUGAAGGACCAAGGAAACACAAAAUAUCCAGGUUGACUCGCAAACACCUUCACGCCCUGACAUCACAGCCCAUUGAAGUGGCAGCUCUAGGAAGACCUCUGUUUCCUGGUAUGCUGUAUGACUGCCGCAAGGAUACCUUCAUUCCAGGUGUUACUCUGUGGGAUAAGAAGUCACUGAGUGAAGAUAUGGACAGUCGUUCACAGCUCAUGACAGAUCUGAAGUUCAGUAGCUCAGACUCUCUCUCUAGUAAGUCCAGUCUCCUGGAUGUAAGUGCUUCGCUGAAGGCCAGCUUCUUGGGAGGGCUGGUGGAGGUGGGAGGAUCUGCCAAGUUUCUGCGUGACACCAAAUCCUCAAACCAACAGUCCAGAGUUACUAUGUAUUACAAAGAAACCACCAGAUUCGAACAGCUCACCAUGUCCCAGCUGGGCCAGUUCACCAACCCUCAGGUAUUUGACCAGAAAACUGCAACUCAUGUGGUCACGGGUGUACUGUAUGGAGCUCAGGCCGUCAUGAUGUUUGAUCGGACAUCUUCAGAAGAGGAAAACAAGCAGGAGAUUGAGGGAGAACUGAAUGUCAUGGUCAAGAAGAUUCCUCUAUUUUCCAUUGAGGGAAAAGGAGCUAUAAAGAUGACAGAUGGUGAAAAGAAAGUGGCUGAAAGCAUUGCCUGCACGUUUUAUGGUGACUUCCGACUUGAGCAGAACCCCACCACUUACAUGGAGGCCCUAGAUGUGUACAAGAAUCUCCCCAAUAUACUGAAGGAGAAUCCACAGAAUGCAGUUCCAGUAAAAGUCUGGCUCUAUCCUCUUUCUCUACUGGAUACAAAAGCUGCACAGUUGGAGAGAGAAAUUAGCACGUGUCUGGUUUCCAACACUGAAGAUGUAAUGGAGAAGCUGGGAGAAGUAGAGAGGAAAUGCAAUGACCUCUCCAGAAAACCACUGGUAAAUGUUUUCAGAGAUAUCAAAGAGUGGCUGCAAUCAUUUCAGAGAUCAUUCAGCAUUUACAAGACAAUGCUCCUGAAAGCUGUCAGCAGAGUCUUGCCUGCUAUACGAGGAGGAGGGAUGGAGGAGAAGUCACUGGAAGACAUCCUGAAGAUCCACUACAGCUCCCCUUUUAAUGCUGACAAGCUUAACCAGUGGUUAGAUCGUGCAAAGUCUGAACUCAAUCUCUUGAGUUCUCAAACCAAGAAGCUGGAGGGAAUCAGAACUGAAGACUCAGACAGUCUCAGCACCAUGCUUCUUGAUCCUGAUAUUGAUGUUGUGGUGUGCUUGACCUUCACAUCUCUGAAGUAUGAAGACACAUAUCUUUCAACUCUGCAGGAGUUUAUGAAAUCUGACAAGUUUAAAGAGCUAGAUGUGGGAACGAAACCACAUUCUGGCAUGUUAGCAUCAGAAGAGUGGUUCUACAAUCCUGAUGUCAUCUCAAAAAUGAGAGAGAACUUAUCUCUUUUCAAAAGUUUUUCAGAGGCUAAUAAAGAUGAAAAGAAAUACGGAUUCAUUGUGUCUGCCAUCCCCGAUCCAUCCAGUUCAGGCUCCUCCAUCUAUCUGUAUGAAAAAGGGAAGCUGACAAACAGACAGUUCCAGCCCGUGUCGAAGCCUCCCCCACCAGAAGCGAAGGAGGUCCUGAUGCACAGUGUGUCCCUGAAACUGCAGAAGUCCCCAACUGGAGAAACUGUGCAGUACAGAGUGGAGUACCAGCAGGUGAAAGCAGCUGAGGAACAGUGGCUUGUCAUAAACACACCUGAUGAAGACUUUACUCUGACUAAGUUGGAGGACGGAAAGCAGUACUUGAUCCGCUACAGGAUUGUGGGUAAAGUGGGAGUGAGUGAAGCCAGUGACACUAUCAGCAUCAUGCUGCCUUUAGGAGCUGGUGAUUGCCAAGAGCACAUUGAAAUGGAUGAAGAUAGGCCUGGAGAAGAGAGUCUUACAUCUCCCCCCUGUCCCAUGCAAUCAAAUGUUGAUUGAACUUUGCCUCUGUUGGAACACAAUGGGAAGACCACAUCUUUGGGGAGCAUUGUUAUACUAAAAGAGAACACCAUGCAACUUAUGUAAACCAGUCAACACAGUGCGAUACAGUCAAGCCUCCUACUCUAAUGAACGACUGAUUCAAAUCUACACCGGGCUCCCACUCCACACAUUUCAUACCCUUGUAGCUGUUCUGCAUCCCCAUGCAAAUGUGUCAUACCAGACUGAAGUUGAACAGCAAAUCUUGUUCACACUAAUGAAGCUGAAAUUAAACCUUUUGAUAGAAGACCUAGCCAUUCGAUUUUGUAUAUCAGUGAGUCAAGUGAGCAGAAUAAUUUCUUUUUGGAUUGACACCAUCGCUGUAGUCUUGAAGGAUCUGAUACCAUGGCUCCCCAAAGAAACAAUAAGGGCCACAACACAUUUAAGCAGUAUUAUCCCAAUGUUACUUGUAUCUUAAGACAGCAGUGAAAGUGAAAUCCAAAAGCCAAGGAACCUGGACUCAAGGUCUGAAUCGUACAGCUACUCCUAUGCUUGCAACGCUAUUAAUAUUACACUAGUAAUAGACCUUUUUCACAAGAAUCGGAAAUCACAUGACGCCGGGUAAAGUUAGUUCUGCCAUGCGUUUACGGCUAUUAGAUUGAUAUGCUCUUUUCUCAAAUAUCGCUUCUUACCUUUUCUGUUUUGUCUGUUUUCAAAAUAGCUUUUGUAUAAUCUACAAAGAAAUUUUUUUCUACUUGUUUGUAGCUUAUACGGCCACUCAGAGUCAGACCAUCGCUCAAAUUUACCGGCAUAUAAAGUUGUGAGAUACAUAAUAUUGUUGUGAGUUUAAAAGGUUUUAAAAAAUUAUAUAGCAUGUUAAUCUCAUAUGGCAUCACAUCCCACAUUCAAGCAUAUGUAUUAUAUAACUAAUCCUGAUCGAUUAAAAUGAUUAAACUAAGACAUAAUUAAUUUCCAACACCACACUGUACACAACUAUCAGUCUUUGCAUGUUGCAACAGCACAACAAUACUGUGCAUAAUACACACUUUAAGCUGAUGGCGACAGGAAAAUGAGUGAUGACUGAAGUGUUUAUAUCCAGAAAUAUCAGGGUGCGAUCGGUCCUGUUUCAUGAAUCAGAGGAUAAGGCUUGCGUGAUAAGGGAUCUGCCAGCCGAUCAUUUCCCCAGCACGUUGCUAAAAACACUCUAUAUAUCCCAAUAUGUGCAUACUACCCACCCUAAAUAGUACUGAAUAUUACUAAUGUCACAUAGUAUGCACACGUUGAGACGCAGACACUGCCUUUAUAGCACAUGGAGCGCGAUAAUGCACAGCCCGCGCCAAACAGACACAAAGAAUAUAACCAGUUUAACCGCCAUCACUUCGAAUUAUUUAUUAAAUUUAGCUCUUAAUGAGAGCUCUGUAGUCUCACCAACAAUUCACCAAGAACGUUUCACCAAGAAACAUUUUCAUGACAUUUAAUUAAAUGACUUUGACUCCCAAACUGGUUCUGAUCGAGGCUAUCUAUCACUGUAACCGGAAAAACUUUUACACUGCGUGGCUCAUUCCGGAAGUCAAAAACCCAGAAGUGUGAAAAAGGUCUAUGUUUAUAUCAGCAGCAUAUGGGGGCCACUGUAGUGACAAAUUUAUCACACGUGACUCUGAUAUUCUUGAAUACUUUAAACUGGGAGAUGAAGUGAUGGUGGAUAGGCAUUGUUUGAUUAGAGACUUGUUGUAUGAAAGACAAGUCAACUUGAUAAUUCCUCACUUCACCAACAAAACACAGCUGACAGAAAAAAGUCACAUGCAGUCGCAGGAUUGCAAAUGUAAGGAUACAGGUUGAACUUGCAAUUAGGAGACUGAAAGUGUACAAGGUGUUUUCUCAAACCUUGCCUAUCACUCUUAUGACAAAGAUUAAUAAAAUUAUCUGUAUAUGUGCAGCUUUACAGCUUUUGUGGUGAAAUUAGUG